AUGGUCAAAAAAUCCUCUAAAAAGUCCUCCAGUGCUUUUGACUGUGCAUCCCGUUCGCCUAGCUAUAAAACUCCCACAAGUAAAACUUCUACAAAAUCAAUAUUUCCUAUCUCAAAGCCUGAAGCUGGUGACCCUCUUUCUCUAGCUGCCGGUUCAGAAUCCAUCUCACCUUUAAAUAACAUUCCAGUGCCCUUGCAGCAACAGCUCGGUUUAAGAACUCGUCACGCUCCAAUCCUUCCAAGACGCAACAUGACAUUUGCAAUGAAUAGCAGUUCGACAAAACAAACCAACUUUUCUACAUUUCAUAAUUCCGGAAUUCCAUCGCCACCUCAAAUUCUACCUGCUGCAACACCUGCAACCUUCCUGGGAACCAUCAACUUGAGUCCCUCUGCAUUGAACCUUGAAAAUCAACGAGAUGCUUACGAAGAAAUUGAAACAGAUUCAAGCGCAGAGCAAUUGACUCUGAAGCCAACUACCAGCCAGUUUACUGUGCUGUUGCCAGAACAAGCACGAACACCAGAAACCAUUUUAGCAAACCCUCCUGAGAGGUCAAACAGUCCGUCAUUGCUCAAGAGUCAAUACAGCUCCAGUUGGGAUAGCAAAAGACCAUCCAGCGCUGGAGAGGGUCCCAGUGGUCGCAUCUAUAGUCCCAUCGUUUUGAGCACCUCUAUUAACAGUGCACCAUUAGAACAGCCACCUUUACAAUCGCGCCACUCACGCAAUACAAGCGUUGAAUCUACCAUGUCGUUUGUUUCAAACUGUACAUACAAUUCAUCUAAAGAGACACAAUGUAAUUCAUGCGCAAGCUCUUCUGGCAGUGCGGCCCUGGCGAUAACAACAGCUGCUGCAAGUCCCAAAACAGGGACGCGCGCGCGCAGAAACGCAAAUGUUGGGCUUGUUCCGGUAACGUUUGGCCGCAGCAAAGGGAUCAUUAGCCCUGACAUGCCGCCUUCCCCUCCUAGAGGUCCUACAGCCGCAGUCUCUCCGGGGAGCCAGUUUUUGUCGCCAAUAUUAUCGUCUACAGCGCCGCCGCUAUCGCCAUACACACGACAUCAUCGCCAACAGCAACUGACUCCUUCACCAUGCUAUUUACUUGUGCAGCCUCCAUCACCAAGUGAGCCAUUGCUAUCACGACCCCCAACGUCACUCGGAUCAGCACCUUUUUGGCCACGCUACGGAAACGAUGAUAAUAUGGAAGGAGCCUUUGACUUUUUUUUUGGCUCAGAGGCUGGGAUUAAUUGGGAAGUACUUGUUUCCACACGUCGUGGGAAGCGGUACUUGGCUCUCGGGAUUUGUCUGUUUUUGAUCGCAGUGGCCGCGACAACCGUCACAUGGGGACUCAGAGACCUUAUUACUGAAACAUUAAAUCCCACUGAGGUGGUUAGUAUAGGGCUCGGGAUUUUGGGCUUUGACAUUGUGUGCGCCUUGGCCGGGUACCGAGUUUUAGCUUGCGCACACAAACUUGUGCGGUGA